UUCAGUUUAGUUGUCCAUUCAGUACAUUAAAUUCUGAUUGAUAUAUUUUGUUUCUAAAUAAUAUAUUCACAAAAUCCUAAAUAUACAUCUGAAAUUAAACUAAAUUACUGCCUAAAAAUCCGAUUUUAAAAUGUCUACGCCACCGCGGGAGACUAUCCAAAAGCAAAUCCAACAAGAUUGGGCGAACAGGGAAUACAUAGAAGUUAUUACUGGAAGCAUAAAGAAAAUCACUGAUUUCCUCAAUUCUUUUGACAUGUCCUGCAGAUCACGCCUAGCUACUUUGAAUGAGAAACUCACAUCUUUAGAAAGGAAAAUUGAUUAUCUGGAGGCCUGUGUAACCAAAGGAGAGACCCUCACAUAGUAAUUACAGUAAUUUUUUGUUUAUUAUAAUAUUUGUAUUAUGUGCAACUUAUCAUAAAAAUCUUUUUUUUGUUUUAACAUACUACAUAAAAAACAUGACCGUACAGCCAAAAGCAUAUCUAAUAUGGAGUUCUCACUCAAAAUGCUAUCUAAAGUUUUUAAAAUUUGGUGGAAAAAACAUUGCAUCAUACAAGUACUUUUAGUUCUUGCCUCAGUUCAAAUAUUCUACUACCAAGUUGGGAAUAAAUAAUUACUAAUUGAUUAAAUUUAUUUAAGUAAAGUUUUUUUUUAAAUAGGUCACCAACAAGAUUGAUACCAACACAGUUACAUUAUAUAUAAUACAUUACAAUCUAUUUAUUAUACUAAGCGCAACCUUAAUUAUAGGCAACUACGACAUUUAUGUGACAAAUUUGUGCUUACAAUUCACAAUUAACAAAACAAAAAACAACUUAGAAUUCUACCUAAAAAAACGUGUACUGAUUCAACUAGAACUAGUUUAUUUCUAUCUCUGCUGUGCUAAACUAGAAAUCAAUAAAUAGUUAAACUAGUUUUAAAACGAAUAAUUAUAUGGUAAAUAAAGGUAAUUACCUCUCGUCGGAUUUCACACAGGGUAUUACAGGAUAUUACAGGUUAUACCUAUUCCAGACACCAGCUCCUCAAAGCAAAUGUAUUAUAAUAAUAAAUUGAAGCAUUUUAUUAUAAAAAAUCUACAUGUAUUAUUGUCAUCAUUGUUAUUAUUUCAUUGGAAGAUCUAAUUUGGAUGCCGGCACCUAUAAUAAUAAUAAUAAACUUUAUUGGCCAAUAAAACACUUUUACAUUCAAUACACAUUACAUUGUACUAUCAACAUUGACAUUCGCUUUCGCGCUACUCCAGUUAGCUCGUGACCACGGCUAGUGCGACCUAGUCGAUACGGCGAGAGAGGAAAAUACCUUUAUUUACCAUACAAUUAUUCGUGUUAAAACCUGUUUACCUUUAUUAAUAAUGUGUAAUAAACAAAGUUUAAAAAUAAGUAUUGCAAACUAUACAAUUGUUUGUAAUAAUUUUGCAAUAUUUACAAUGUCAGGUUUGACUUUGUAAAAACUCGUCCGCCUGAUUAUCUCAGUAUCACUUAUUCCAGCUUUGUGUGUAUUUUGAUUGAAGGGUAAGAUUAACUAUAAUAAAAAUGUGUAUUAAACGAGGAAGUUUAAAAAUAAAUAUUCCAAAUUAGAAAUUAUGUAAUUGUAAUAAUUUUGCAAUAUAUUCAAUGAUGUCAGGAUUGACUUUGUAAAAUGUCGUCCGCGUGGUUACUCAGUCCCACUUAUUCCAGCUUUGUAUGUAUUUUAGUUGAAGGGUAAGAUUAACUAUAAUAUAUUUGUGUAUUCAACGAGGAAGUUUAAAAAUAAGUAUUCCAAAUUAAAAAUUAUGUAAUUGUAAUAAUUUUGCAAUAUUUACAAUGAUGUCAGGAUUGACUUUGUAAAAUGUCGUCCGCGUGGUUACUCAGUCCCACUUAUUCCAGCUUUGUAUGUAUUUUAGUUGAAGGGUAAGAUUAACUAUAAUA